AUGCACAGUGGAUGGGCCGACUGCAACGGGAAGAGCCUCCUGCACGCUCCAAGUUCCCUUCCACGCAACAUCACCAAUUUGGACCUCUCCUUCAACUCCUUGGUCGUGCCCCCUCAUGGGACUCUUUUGAUGAGUUUCCCUUCCUUGCACUCUCUCAACCUCUCUAGCAAUGCCCUGCCGGCUCUGAGCCCGGCGGUCUUCUCCAACCUUGGGGCACUGCGCCUGCUGGACCUGAGCAGCUGCAGCAUCGCCUAUCUUCACAGGGAUGCUUUCAAGGGCUUAGGAAACUUGCACACUCUGCUCCUAAGAAACAACAGUCUGCAAGAGCUUGAGGUCCCUUUCUUCCUGCCGCUGAAGGCUCUUUUCCACCUGGACCUGCAGCACAAUGCGUUGGUCUCUGUGGACACUUGGAGCCUGCAGCUGAUGGAGGCAGUCCCACAGGUCCGGUUGGAAGGGAACCCCUGGGUCUGCGACUGCACGGCGCAGCCUCUGCAGCAGUGGCUACAGCGCAGGCAAGCUGUGCAGGUGACCUGUGCAUCACCCCUGGGGCUGCGGGGCCGGGAGGUUGCAGCUCUGGAUUCCCAGGACCUGGGCUGUCGGAUGAAGCAGCGAUUUCCUCGGGGGAUCAGCACAACGCAGCAGAUCGCAGCGACCAACAGCAACAGCCCAGGGGCCCAGGCUGCCUGGCCACCGCUGGUGCAGAGGCUUGGUGGGAAGGGUGGCCACCACCUGGAGGUGUUUGCUGGCUUUGCAACAGAAAAGUUAGCAGCCACCACACCACCCUCCGGGAAGGGGGGAAGGAGCUGGCCGUACCUGGUGGGCUUCCUGGUGACAGCAAUCGGCAUCUCCAUCCUGAUCGCACUGGCUGCCAAGUGCAAGCUCUUCCACAAGAACUUUGCCAGCUACCGCCACCGGCCGCUGCCCGAAACCAACUCGAUCGGAGUGUUGCAUGCCACCACCUCCCUUCUUGCUUUUCUCUCUUCCCCGUCCACCAAGGCCCGCUAG